GCUACUUGUCAACUUAUCUGAGUGCAGAGAAGGAUAGAUAUAAACACUGAGAGUGCAGCACCGUACUACCGUAGUAUGAUAAUAAGUGAUCUUGCUGUGAUGAUAAGUCGAUUAAAUUGCAUAUAAAGAAUGAUUUGACCUGAUUCAGAGUGUUAUGAAUAUUGAUCAUUUGCAGAAGUUGUGUAGACUGUAGAGGUUCAUCGAGACCAGCCUUCUGUUUUGGCCUAGAAAGAUCUGUCAUUUAUGUUGAGUCUACUGACCGUUGAAGGUCGCAGUCAAAAUUGCUCGCCAGCCAGGUUUAGCCAAAAUGGACAAAUUUGAAAAGUUAACUAAAAUUGGGGAAGGUUCCUACGGACACGUUUUCAAGUGCAGAAAUCGUGAAAAUGGACAAAUAGUCGCCAUAAAGAAGUUCACAGAGUCUGAAGAUGAUCCGUUGAUCAGGAAAAUAGCGCUGCGCGAAAUUAGAAUGCUGAAGCAACUCAAGCAUCCAAAUCUAGUCAAUCUAUUGGAAGUUUUUAGAAGAAAAAGAAAACUGCACCUCGUCUUCGAAUACUGUGAUCACACUGUCCUGAAUGAACUAGAGGCUCGCCCCAACGGGUUGGAAGAUAAAGCUAUCAAGGAAAUUCUCUAUCAGAUUUUGAAAGCUGUAAAAUAUUGCCACGAGCAUAAUUGUAUUCAUCGCGAUGUCAAACCAGAAAAUAUUCUAGUAACCAAAGAAGGGAUAAUUAAGUUAUGUGACUUUGGUUUUGCCCGACAUCUCGUACCCGGUGAAGCAUUCACAGACUAUGUCGCCACGAGAUGGUACAGGGCACCAGAGUUGCUAGUCGGUGAUUUACAGUAUGGAACCCCUGUUGAUGUUUGGUCCAUAGGGUGCGUUUUUGCUGAACUCAUAAGUGGACAAGCAUUGUGGCCUGGACGAUCGGACGUCGACCAGUUGUAUCUUAUAAAAAAGAAUUUAGGUGAACUCAUUCCGCGACACAUCCAAAUAUUUAGUAACAACCAGUUCUUUUAUGGAAUUCCAGUUCCUGAACCCGAUCGAAUGGAACCACUGGAAUCAAAAUUUCGUGGAACUUCUUCAGAAGCCCUCAGUUUUAUGAAGGGCUGCCUUGUUAUGGAGCCAAGUAGCAGACUAUCAUGUGCUCAGUUGCUAGAUCACCCGUACCUUGAAACAUUCAAAAAAACAUUCGAACCAGAAUUGCAGGCAAUCAUCGCCAAAGCAGAUAAACAAAAACAGAAGAGGGGCCGGACGAGAGAAACAAGACUCACUCGAGGAAUGCCAUCUGAAGAGAGUGUCACAACACUGCCACAUUUAGGCCCAGAUUCAAUGAUGUCUCCUGCAGAUCACAAGAAUACGAAGAAGGAAAAGCAGAUAAGGCACUUUGAUGGACAUUUUCCUUCAAUUCAGCGAUGAAUUUGAGGCCGCAGAAGUCAAAGAACAAAUACCAGGGUUUUCUAGCAUCUUGAACACUGUUUAUUAUGAUAUUCAGAGUACUUAAAAACUAUGAAUUUUUUGUGGUGAAGCGAAUCAUGAAUGUUUGCUUGUUAUGGGCCAGUGUUAUAGUGUUUCUGAUAAAAUGUCCAUAUAUGCAGAUUCUAUGGCCCUAAGCAGCUGGUACAGCAUACCCAAUCGAUAUGAAUGUUUUUAUGAAACUUUCCCACAUACGCUACUGUACCUGAAAAUCAUAUAUAAAUUUGUCACAAAGCCCGUAUACCUGCCAAAAGAAAUCAGGUUUUUGAUCUUUGAGUUGGCAUUGAGAUACUUUGCUGUUUUUGAGGCAGUCAUCAUUAUGAUGCCACUGUCACUUUCUUUCGCACAAUUCUACUUUCAAAAUACGAACUUUAUUGACAACCUGUCUCCCUGUAUUUGCUCUCGAACAUCAAUUUAAAUUACCUAAUGCAUCUAAAUUCAACAGCUUUUAGUUCUAAUUUUUGUACAGUUUAUCAAUUACUGCAGUUUUUGCAUAUGCUUAAAGAUAUAUUUUCGUUGAAA